GUCUUCUCUCUUCUUUCCCAAGUUGAAAUAAACGAUGGCAAGAACAAGAAGCUUCCUCAUUCUUCUCUCUCUCGCUUGUUUUCUUACUCUCUGCAUCUGCGACGACGAGAGUAACUAUGAAGACAGUGAAGGAAAACUAUUCCCAGGUUUCUAUAGAAGCUCGUGCCCUAAAGCCGAGGAGAUCGUGAGGUCAGUUGUAUCCCAAGCUGUUGUAAGAGAAGCUCGUAUGGCUGCUUCUCUAAUGAGGCUUCAUUUCCACGACUGUUUUGUUCAGGGCUGUGAUGGUUCGUUGCUUCUAGACAGCAGUGGGAGUAUAGUUACUGAGAAAGGCUCAAACCCAAACAGUAACUCGGCUCGUGGGUUUGAUGUUGUAGAUCAGAUCAAAGCUGCAUUGGAGAAUGAAUGCCCUGGAACUGUUUCGUGCGCUGAUGUGUUAACCCUAGCUGCUAGGGACUCCUCUGUUCUUACGGGUGGACCAAGCUGGAUGGUUCCUCUGGGAAGAAGAGAUUCUAGAAGUGCAAGCUUGAGUGGUUCAAACAACAACAUUCCUGCACCCAACAACACUUUCAACACAAUUCUCUCCACUUUUACCAAUCAAGGUCUCGAUCUCACUGACCUCGUUGCCCUCUCUGGGAGCCACACCAUCGGAUUCUCAAGAUGCACGAGUUUCAGACAAAGACUUUACAACCAGUCUGGAAACGGAAGUCCCGACAUAACAUUAGAGCAAUCCUACGCUGCUAACUUGCGCCAGAGGUGUCCACCAUCAGGUGGGGACCAAAACUUGUCGGAGCUUGACAUCAACAGUGCCGGGAAGUUUGAUAACAGCUACUUCAAGAACUUGAUCGAGAAGAUGGGACUUUUGAAUUCUGACCAGGUCUUAUUCUCUAGCAACGAGGAAUCUAGCGAGCUUGUGAAGAAAUAUGCAGAGGAUCAAGAAGAGUUCUUCGAGCAGUUCGCGGAAUCGAUGAUCAAGAUGGGCAAUCUCUCUCCCUUGACAGGUUCCAGUGGUGAGAUCAGGAAGAACUGCAGGAAGAUUAACUCUUGAUUUUGUGUGUGUGAUACGGGAUGUGAGAAAAGGAAAUGAAAGAUGUUUUCGGGGUUUAUGUUUGGGUUUUUUUUUGUGUGUUAAGUUUGUAUGUUUUACUAUUUGAAAGUUAAUAAGAAACCUUUGGGUGUGAUUGGGUAUUACUUAGACCAAGGUUCUUAG